AUGUCAAUCGACGAAGGUUCCAUCGAAAAAAAAGCCAACGGGUUUGACUUGAAAGUCUUCGGUGUCGUUCUAGAUGACGCCAAAAGCGCAGAAGAGAUUCCUCCGAACAGAACAGCAACACUCGAUGAAAUCGAGUCGCUUUGCAAGUUCAUCGGAGGAUUCCAGUACUGGUCGCUUCUCAACGAGGACUGCAAAAAAGCAGUGAUCUCUUUCCUCGACUACAGAACUAGAUGCAAACUGGAGAAAUGCUCGAAAGACGAUUUCAUGUGUGUCAGCACCAGUUCGAUCCACGUUCAUAAGAUCGAAAUCAAGGACAGUGCGCAAGCGCAUUAUAUUAAUGACUUGAAACGUGUAGGUAUUCAUGACGGAGUGAAGCGUAUGGCUGCCUAGCUACUCGAAUUGUAUUUGCUGGCACAGUGCCAGUGUCCAUAGGCUGAGGGCAAUGUCUUUUUCGUAGUGGAGCGUGUUUGCAGCUAAUACGCUUCAGCUCACAGUGAACUAAUUCAAACAUUGGAGGUCAAAGACAUAUUUACAGGACAGUGUGCUUGUUCGCGUUCAGUUCACGGAAGAGAACAAGCCCGGCGACAGCUUCCAAGUCGUCUUCUCUCAAUUGGGGGACGACACACAAAUCAAAUGGAGAUUGCAAGAUCGGGGGAGCACAGGUACGUCAAAAAUCAAAAUGUGAAUUCGCGCCAAAUUGAGAGAUUCGUUGCGUGGCUACUCAAUAGUGUUGAUACAGGAUGACCCAAAUGUAUUCUAUAGAGCACGUUUACAGCAAGGUACGCUUCUUCGUUCCUGUACAGGAGAGAUCCAAAGUUCCGAAGUGUCCUUCUCAAAGACUGCUACUAUUAUGAGGAGUCGGUGAAGUUUGCGGAGAAAUGGUUGAAGAAGUGCUUCUGCCGAGUGAGCAGACUCGUUGUGGAGAUGGUAAGAAUGAGAAAGAAGUUCAUCAGCAACAUCAGUCUCUUUCAGUCCGAGAUUCCCGACAUUUCGAGUGAAAUUAAGCUGCUUCCCACGUGCAGCAGAGUUCGUCUUUCUUCUUCUGACGAACAAGUGCUGUGGUGGUGGCUUCGCAAACUGCCCGAAUACGUCGACGACCUCGGACUCGUGUGCCCCACUGACACAUUCGUCUCUCCGGAAUUCAUGUCCAUUCCACAAAUCACAAACGCCAAACAGUUCUCGUUUUGGUGCGAUGCUGCUCUCACCGAUGAAGAGUUUCUGAGUCUGAAAGCGACAGAGCUCGGUUUCGAUCCGGCGCGCAUCACUGACGGCGCCCUUAACGAAUUCCUGAAAGUAAGGCAGAAUAAUAGAGGUUCUGAACCAAAGUCGUCAUAAUUCCAUAAUAAUUCCAGAGAUGGUCCCGUGGAGACGGUCCGUGCAACUUCAAGAGCAUCGUUCUGUGGUCCCACAAAGAGCGAAACGAGCAAAAAGUGCUUGAAGGACUGUACAGUCGAUCGUGGGAAAGCGGCUUCGAGACAGAAGACGGAGUGUAAGUUGCACCUCGGAAUAAACUUAGUAAACAGAAACUUUUCUAGAAAACGAUUCGUUUCCGAUUUCUACCAAAACUGUGGUCUCGGAACGUGCUACCAAGUGUUCAGCUCCGUGGAAUCGUACGAAAGCCUAACCGUCUAUUUUUCGGACGAACGGUUUGGAGUCUACGGGACCGGAAAGAGGAGGCAAGAGUUGGACGGCACGAUGUACACCGAGUACAACAUUCCAUAA